CGAAAAAGAGAUGGGAGAAGCGGAAGCCUACAUCCAACUGCGUUUGGCGGAGACGUUGUUCCAUGAGGUGGAGAAGCUCGAGAACGAGCUAGGCAGCGGCAGCCUCCUCUUCCAGGAGAAGCUGACCGUGACGAUGGAACGUCUGCACAAACUGAAGGCGAACCCGGCGCUGUCGGACCUGUACAGUCCCAAUGAAUCAGGUCACGAGCUGCAGACGGCCCAGCUGCAGUUUCUCCUGAUCGACUACUACCUGGGCAUGCUCGCACAAAAGAUCAACACGAUCCAUGUGGGUGGUGGAGAGAAUGAUCGAAGCGCGUUCGUGCUGGCGCGACUGAAAAACCUCACGUACGCGUCGGCGCUGCUGGACGCGUUCCUGGAUCAAUGUGUGGGCGUGGAGUUGCUCAAGCGUUCGGAGCGCGCGGCGCAGCUGAGUCAGCUCGAGGAAGGACGCAAAGAGACCCGCGAAGACAAGAUCCGCAAGUGGCAGCUCGCGCAGGAAGCCGACAAGGCACUUCAACAUGUGUUGUACAUUCGCUCCAAAGCCAAAGACAAGGACGACGACGACGACUUGGAAGACAUUGAGCGCGAGUGCUUGUACAAGUUGGUGCAAGUCGCGAUCUUAAAGAGCAUGGAGGAUCAAGCGGCGAUGGCUAGCGAAAGUGAGAUGCUGGAAACCAUGGUCCAAAUGGCCAAGCUGAGUACGAACCAAGUGUUCAACGCGGCGGAGCGGACGCCGCCGUCGCAAGGCCAAGGCAUUGAAGUGACGCACAUCAACCCAAAGAUGGAGAUGAAGCGGGAAGUGAUCCGGGGCGAUGUGUUCCAGCCUGGCCAUCGGCUGCCCACGAUGUCGCUCGAGGAGUAUGCGGACCGAGAGCUCGACGAUGCAUUGGCGCGUCAAGAAAAGGAAAAGAAUGCGCCGGCGGGACCCCGUCGCAUCGAGCAAUUGGAGGAAGAUGGCGACGAAGAUGACUUGGGGCUGGUGGACGAAGCGACCGCCCGCGACCGCGCGUGGGACGACUGGAAGGACGCGAAUCCCCGCGGCAUUGGCAACAAGAAGGGCACCCAGUACUAGUACUAGUACUAGUAGUAGCUACUAGGACUUGUAUACUAAUAGGAGGUACAGUGUAUUGUUCCUACUGUACUACUAUUGAAGGGC